AUGUUUGAGAACGACGCGCAGGAACGACUGCUCCGUGCACCGCUGAAUCCGCAGCAGGCGGUGAUGAGCAACGCGGGGGAUCCAGGCAGCAUCCGCCGGCAGGAGAUUGGCAAUGUGGACGGCUUUACGUCCCUGUCGAAUCGGUCGACCCCGUCCACGUAUUGGCAAAAGAUGAAAAUGAUGGAAGCGGCGACGCUCAUGCGCUAUCUGCGCUAUGCGAACGUGGUAUUGGCAGUAUUACAAGCGCUUGCAGGCUUCCUGGGACUAUUUAAUCUCGUGGUGCUCGACAUUACAUGUUUCUUUAUCUCCGUCUAUGCCAUUAUUUUUGCACUACUAUUGCUGGCAUUUGAAUGUCGCUUUAAGCACAUGGAACCUUGGAUUCGUCAGCAAUUUGGCUUUUUAUUCACAUACCGUGGACGUACAGCCUUUAUCUUCAUUGUGGGCUUUAUGGACUUUGGCAUGGAUGGCUCACUGCCCACUUUCGUGGGCCUUCUCAUGUGUGGCAACGCUAUUUUGAGUUUGCUCAUUAUACUCUUCCACCCGCAGUUCCGUGAGGGUACAUUGGACAUGAACAUGGACCCAACAGCUACUUAUCGUCCAGCUGCCGAGGAAACGGAGACACUGUUGCGGCAACAUGAAGGAAUAGCAUCAAAAGCUGGAGCUUUUGUGCUUCAUGAAGCAGAGGAGCACCCGGAAUUCAUGGCCAAGAUGGCCCAAUCGUACGCUUCUCAGCAUGGGUACGUGCCUCCUGCGCAAAAGUAG